AUGUUUAAUUGUUUGACGGUGUUUAACUCGCAUGUAACGGUCCCAUGGGGUGUUGAUGAACUGAGGUUCCACUUGGACAACUACUUCUACGAGUCAUCGUCAUCGUCAUCAUCACUACCUUUAGUAUCGUCAUCAGCAUCAACUGAUACAACGACAACAUCAACAACAACUAUUAGCAGCAGCAACAACAAUAUCAAGGACAAAAUGUUGCAACAAUCAGCCAAUGAUGAUAUUGGCAUCAAUUCGUGUGAUCCACUCAAAUCAAAAGUUUGUCAAAAGACUAUUGAGGUGAUGCAGUCAGACUGUCAAGAAUUGAAAUACAAAAAGUUGAUGCUGGAGGAACAGUUGAACGCUAAACUACAGAUGCUAAAAGAUAUCUGCUUGCAAGAAGCUAAGAGUUCAGUUGAGUCACUUUUCUUAAAUUUAUCAAAUGAUGGCUUGAAAAUAGCGUCCAAAUAA